AUGAAAGUCGCUGAUGGAAGUGAUGGCUCUGAUAAUUUUGAUAGCAGAGAACAGAACUCAACAUACUCUGGUAACAGCGAGGAUGAAAGCAGCAGAACGGAUGAAAAUAAAAAAAGAAUCAGAAAGCUAUUUAGCAUUCACAGGCAAAUUGAUGAGUUGGAAGAGGAGUACAAAAUAAAGGAGCUCCUGCAACAGAAAUUGGAUAAAAUAACGCUAAAUGGAUCACAAUAUCAUGCGCCAGAAAAUGAUGUGGGUGAUAAAGUACUGGAAAAAGAAGAAGAAAUAGAAGAGAACCUUGAAAAAUACAUGGAUAUUGAGGAAGACGCAAUAAAAGACAAAAAGGGGCGAUUUAUCAUUGAAAAAGUCAAAAAGCAGGUUGGAGACUCUCAAAAAGGCAGAUUCAGGGUGACUUCAGGCCACGAAGGAUCGAGCAAAACAGAGAGUGAUUCUGGAUGCAAUAUAUCACAAAUAUAUAGAAUGGUAGAGAUGCAGAACAAACAGAUUGAUAUUCUAUUUGAUAUGAUCAAUAAUGUGUCUGGUAAUGAUAAAUUAUUCCAGAAGGAAUUCAUAGAACUAGCAAAAAAGAUGGAUGAGGGACUAUCGAACAUGAAGAAGCAAAUCAAAAAGAAGCGUGUGAACAGUAAAAUGUAA